CUAACGUCGCUCCCGUCGCUGCCGUCGUCCCCUUUGCCCCACAUUUUCGCUGUCGUUGAGAUUUGGCGAAAGCCGCUGGUCACCUAUGUUUACCAUUUCCGAGCUGUUACAUCCAAUCGCAAUGAGUUCUGGAGGACUGGUGUGAAAGAUGCUUUCGGUUGAGCUCGUCCCGGUGACAUGGGCUCUUGUCGCCAUCCCUACGUCAGUGGUUUUGAUUGUCGCUCUCGCACUGUGUCUUUGUAAGCAAGGGGCGGACAAGUCGCUCAAUUUCUUGGGUGAGAACCGCCAAGUAUUGAGUAAAAACUCGCCCGUCGCCUAUAAAGUUCAGAGCACCGACGAUCAUCAGAAUGGUGACUUGCGGGGGGACUCGCCUCUCGAGAAAGUUUCUCUCCAUCCCAGCAGGCCAGUGACGGAACGUGCGCUGCCAACACCCCCAGGCCGACCGCAGUCUCUGCCUAAUCCUCUGCCUAACCCGGCUACAACUGCCUGGGAUGGCGGCAGCAGCAACAACAACAACAAUGGUGCCGCGACCGCAAUGGACGGGCACGCUCCCACGACUCUCGUGCGUCCGCACCGAAGGAACAAGGCUCACGCCCCGCCGCCACCGACCACGCCCUCGUCGUCUGCCACCCCCAUCAUUGCCGUGUCGUCUGCCGGCAAGGGCACAGACACUCCGAGCGAGAGUUCAGAGUCGGAUCCCCUGUACUCGGUGGCAAACGUGCGUGCGCCCAGUUCUUCGGAGGACACCGCGCCACCCGUGCCUGAAAAGCGCUUUGACGUCACCGCUGAUGCGACGGAGGAAAGUGCGCCCCGCCCAUGCCGGAAGAUGGUCACUUCAUUUCGACAAGUAAACGCACCAGCGGCACCAGUGCCCGGCACGUCAACCCAUGGUGCCGCUGAUGCCUUUCCUGUACCACCUGCAUCCGAUUUACCUGGCAACUCUGUGCAACCCACAGGGAAGUCAGACCUGUCCUACACGGUGAUCUCUGUUCGUGAACCACUGGCGAAAGUUCGCGAGGAGACUAUGAGACAGAAACCAGCACAGGCUGCAGCUGCAACCCAAGAGGCCUACUACACGGAGGUUCCUGAGGAAGAGCAGAUGUACGCAGAAAUAGAGUCGGGCCACAACUCCGCCGGCUCGUCCGUCACAUAUGCGCGCAUCGAGCCAAGGACGACCGAGCCACACCCACCGGCACCGCCUACUGUCGAAAGCCUCAAGUCUGUUGCCCAGGCUCAUUCAAGACAAGCAUCAGUUACAUCCGCGUCAUCACUCGGUGCACCCAGCCCAGACAUCGAUGUCGGGAGCCUGUAUACCGCCGUUGACAAGUGCAACAAGCAGAGGCAAACUAUCCACAUAUCUGAAGGCGUGGCCUCCGUGACCGAAGGCCCGGCUAACUUGGAUGAGCUGUACGCCAAAGUUCACAAGCCCCACCGCCAGCCAGUUGCUGCACCUGUCGCCACGCAAGAAGAAGGCAUCGAGACGAAGAAGUCCUUAGCGGCACCGCUGCACGAAGCCUUCCUUGUGCACGACAGGCCACGGUCCAUGCCUCCCAACAUGGAGUCCGUCGUCUCGUGCACCAACGUCACGCUUGUGCGAGAGUUGGAAGAGAAGAAAGAGCUCGUUGAGGUACUUCCACCGCCCCCAGAAGAAUACGCGGACCCCGCGUACGAAAGGGUGUACCACCAGGAUUCCAGCGACACAGAUCCCUGCUAUGAGAGAGUGACUGGCGGGCAUGGAAGCGACGGUGUCUCAGACCCUGGCUACGAGAAGGUAGCCAAGAGGUUCGACAAGGAACCCGACUACGAGACGCUCCGCAAGGACGCCGCAACGGAGUAUUCUGAGGGAGCCGUUGACCCCCAUUACGAGCAGAUCCGUAAAAGCGACAAGGCGUCCACCGUCCGUGAAGACGAAGUGGCGGCCGGUGCUCGCGGACUGACUCAACAGGACAGCGGUUCUACGGCGGACUAUGGCUACGAGAGGAUCAAGGGUCGCCGAGGUCUCGCCGAGGACGAAGGGAGCGACCCGGGGUACGAACAGAUUUGCCGAAGGGGAGAGGACGACACGAGCGACCCCGGGUACGAGCGGAUCCACAGGAGUCACAGCGAUGCGUGCAGCCAAGCAGACAGCGAUCCUGGGUACGAGAGGAUCAGGGACAGGGGAGGCGGAGGCCGGUCGUGGCGCGGUCGCAGCAAGGGCGGCGGUGACUUCGGCUACAGGAAAACGGGUGCUCGCCUAGCCGCGGCCACUACCGGUGCCGCGAAGCAGGACAAUAACGGGUCGAGUGACGAGACAUAUGAGAGCGUCCAAGAUGACAUGGUCCGAAAGCUCGGCUACAGUCUGAUGAAAGGAACCGGAAGCAGUACGGAAUCGCCGGUUCCCAGUCCAGUCUGGAAACAGGCGUCGGACGACAGUUCUACAUCGGAGCGCGGUGCCGAAGACAGCAGCUCGGAAGAGCCAGGCUAUGAAAGAGUUAGGCAUAGGGAAGGAGCCGAUGACGGAUCCAUCGGCAGGCCGGCGUCGUCCACCAGCCGGUGUCUUGGCGUGCAGGCGAGAAUUUGGAGGUGCAGCGACAGUAAUCUGACGACCAGUGUGGAGACGACAGAGCGUGCUACGAGCACGUACAGCCUCAAUGCAAACCUCGACGAUGGAGGCAGUGAGCCUGCGAACAACACAAAUGGAGAUGCGGCGCUGUACGAAGUCAUCCGGGGAUCCACAGACGCAAGCCUCGAGCUUGUCACAGACAACGAACCGAUACCCAUUACUUGGGCACGCAACUCGGCUGGCCGUUCGUCGGAGCACAAAGAACGGGAGUACAUCUUCUGAGACUUCAGCUGUAGUAAGGUUUUUAACUCUUCUUUAGUGCAAUGGAAGUCUUGCCCGGUUUCGCGCGUGUGUUGAAUCGAAUGUAUGCGAGCGCUGCACACAUUGUCAGCGGAAAGUUUCGUCAGCUUCUUGUGUUUGAAGCGUUUCGUGAAACUUCCUUUCCUGAAGACUUACGUGAACGGGUGUACCUAUAUUUGUGCAGAGAGGGCUAUUGCAAAUAGUUUUGCUUUGCAGGUGCUCAGCGCACGUGUGUUGCUACAGGCUGUAAACAGCGCUUUGUAUAUUGUGUUCUGUGUUAAACAGAGAGAUUGAGUUAAAGAUUUGUUGAGAUGUUGCUUAUGUAGUUAGCGUUGUUGCCGUGAGUUGCAUUGAAGAAGCUUUUAGUAAGUGUGCCUGCAGUGACUGCAGUGUCUGUGCUUUUAUUUACUCAUUGUAAUCAAAACAGGGUUCAGUGCA